AUGGCAGCAACUAGUUCCACGUGGUUGAUCACUGGUGCCUCGUCAGGUCUGGGCAAGUCGCUUGCUUUGGAAGCUCUCAAGGCUGGACACAGGGUGAUUGGAACCUCCCGCAACAUUAGCAAGGCUAAAACGGCCUGCCCUGAGUUCUCAGACAAAGGUGGCAUCUGGAUAGAAGCAGAUCCUGCCCAGAAGGAUGCCCAAGAUCAAUUUGCCAAGUGCGCUCAGGAAUACGACGUGGAUGUCUUAGUCAACAAUGCAGGCUAUGCUUUCAUCGGCGGCGUUGAAGAUACCAGUGAGACCGAAGUUCGCGAUCAAAUGGAAGUCAACUUCUAUGGGCCUCUCCGCACCGUCCGAGCCUGCCUCCCCGUCAUGCGAGCAAAAGGGUCUGGUCACAUUGUGCUUAUUAGCAGUGGUGCUGGUUUCAUGGCCCGUCCUGGACGAGGCACUUAUUCAGCCAGUAAAUUUGCUAUCGAAGCCAUCCACGAAUCACUUUCGCAUGAAGUCAGAAAUCUGGGUGUCAAAGUUCUUAUCGUGGAGCCUGGUGCAUUUCGAACGCCGUUUUCGACUCGCAUCCUCACUCCCGCCCUUUAUAAAAAUGGCUUCAGUGAGGGCUACAAGGGUACUGCGGUUGAGCAGAUGGUCUCCUGGUUUCGACGGAUCACCUCCAUCUCGGAAUUUGCGAACGGGGAUCCGGAUAAAGCGGCGCAGGCUAUUAUCCAAGUUAUCACUAGAGGAUAUGACUAUCUCCGGAUGCCCCUAGGGACGGAUUGUGUAGUUGCAUUGGAGUCUAAAAUUGGAGAGCUCCAGAAAAAUCUGGAGGCUACCAGAUCCAUUGCUACAUCUACCGAUGUGGAUUAA